AUGCAGCAACUGCGGGACAGCAGCGUUCUCUGUGAUGCAUCUUUGUACUUGUCGGACGCGUUGAUAGGGACGAUAAACACGGAAAAGGGCGCCACUUCGCUAGAUGACUGCACGCCGUGCAAAGCAGGUUACUACUGUGCUGGUCCAGCAGCCUUUGUGGAAACUGGACAAGUUGAUGGCGGCUUUUAUAGCAUCAGCGGUGCUUUGUCUGCUAAGCCAGUCCCAGGAUGUAGGAUACUGGCGGCGCUUGCUGGUGUGCGGACGACAGCGUGCAAAGGACUAGAAUCACCAAUACUCUCUUUUUCCGCUGCCACGGCCAAAUGCCUAGAAAGUGACGAAUGCCAAGGGAUUGUCGAAACACCAGAAAAAACAUUUUUGCUCCGAGGUGGAUCGGCAGAUACCGACUGCUUAAAAUGUCCGGCUGGUUAUUAUUGCGACACGACAGGUCUUUCCUCCCCAGCUGGCGCUUGCCCAGCAGGGAAAUAUUGCCCUGAAGGCACAGACAGCCCUACUAACGCUAAGGAUUGCACUACUGGCCAUAUGUGCCCCGAGGGCAGCGCAGCUCCUGUGCCAUGCCCUCGUGGUACAAAGCAACCCGGUGAAGGUCAAGCAUCCUGUAUUAGCUGUGAUGCCGGAUAUUACUGCCCGGCCGGGACCAAAUGGAAGGAGCCCACGACAUUUUGCAAACAUGGAGAAGUGUGUCCGCCUGGGUCGGCAGCUCCCCAAGACUGCCCACCCAAUCAUUUCUGUAACACCAUAAAGCUCGCGGAGCCUUCGGGCCCCUGCAGUGGAGGAUUCAUCUGCACUUCUAGGUCGACCAGUCCCAGGCCAACCGGGGAGGAAAAUGGAACGGCCUGCGAGGAGAAAAUGAGUGGGAGGCCUUGCCCUGAGUCCCCUUUAAUUGCGGGGACAGGCUUUGCCGGCAGUGGAGGCGAUGGACUCCCAGGCCCAGAAACGCUUUUGAUGCUCCCCGCAAAUGCUAGAAUGGAUUCAGCUACUGGCGACAUAUACUUUGCGGACUACAGCAAUUAUGCUGUGAAGGUUGUCCAUGGAGAGACAGGGAGAAACGCCAUCGUUGAACACGAUGUGGCACUGCGCUCCUCCGCAUUGAUGAGCAAAAUUAGCACUCAAAUUUCAAAGCCAUUGGGCCUAGAUAUCGAUGCAGAUUGCAGCUUCCUUUACAUUGCUGACAGUGGGAACCAUCGUGUGGUGAAACACAAGCUUGCUGAAGCGCAAGACACAAAUACCGUUAUCGGAACUGGCACAGCAGGGAAAAGCGAUGCUACGUCAAACGUUGCUCCCAGUUCAUUUCAGAUUAAUAUGCCCUCCGGGGUGGCGCUCUACAAUGCCAAAGUCUACGUCGUAGAUUCUGGAAAUAAGCGGGUGUUGGAGGUGGACACAAGCUCAAACGUUGUCAAGGAGCUUCCUGGAAGCGGUGCUAGCAUCACGAAGGGCCAAAGCAGCAACUCCUCAGGAGUCAUCUUCGAGAGGCCGGUCUCAGCAGCGAUCGUUGAUCGGGAGAGUGACAUAGUGCUGGUUGUUGCUGAUCUUGAUGCUCGAGCCCUCAGAAAGAUAGAUCUUCAAACAAAUACUAUAUCGACACUAAUAGAUUACUCCGCCUGGCGGUCGCCAGUGGUUAACGACGCAGAGAAAAGCAUUGCCACAACGGGCAUAGAAGAAGCGUUUUAUGGAAUUAGCAGCUUCUACGGGGAAAACAAUAAGCGAACAGGGGUGCUUCUUGCUGAUAGCUACACCCACCGAAUACGCCGAAUUGAACUUCAAGGAAAUCUUUAUGCUCGUUCGGCUGUGUCGGAUGUCCCUUGCCCUGAGGCACCACUGGACUUGUCGAACCUGAAGGGCCGUGUGCUGAAGGCUAUUAUUGUCCCCAAGGGUCGAAAUCUCCUACCGAACACAAGUGUUCUAAAGGCCAUUACUGCUCUUCACAUUCAGGCCAAGUGCCCGAAUCGAGCUGCUGGUAGUCAAAAGGAAGAAGAAGUCUUCGUAGUAGACCUAGACGAGCCGACAGACUUGGCCGGCAUUCUCAUCCAACUCGAAGGUGGCCACAUACCUACGGGUUACUACUGCAAAGCAGGGUCUUGGACCGCCACACCUUUGGCAGGCAUGGUUCAUCCAGAGACUGGUGAAACUCUCGACAUCGGCGGCAUCUGCCCUCCCAACCACUACUGCACAGAAGGCGUGUCGGAGCCUACGCCAUGCCCACAAUGCCCAUCUGGCACAUUCAGCUCUGAGGGUCAGGCUUCGUGCACUCCUUGCAGCCCCGGCACCUACUGCCAAAAUCCUGGAAACACCAAGGACGGCACGGCCUGUCCGGAAGGGCACUUUUGCGGCGAACAAACCAUUGUUCCACAGCCGUGCAAACCUGGGACGUUCCAGGACCAAGAAGGGCAGUCAUCGUGCAAGCUGUGUCCUCGAGGAAUGUACUGCCCUGACUACAGGGCAACAAGUGCCACUCAGAAGUGCUAUGCAGGAACUAUCUGCGUUGCAGGAGCCGCUCAUCCCCGCAUUGUAGAUCAGGUGUACAGCUUUGAAAAUGAGGUGUUUCCCAGGGGAAAGCCGGAGGAACAUCGUGCGUACCAUGCCCAGCGGGCAAGUAUUGUUCUGGAGAGGGCAACACAUCCCCCACAGGAGACUGCGCUCCCGGAUAUGUCUGCUACGGAGGUUCUGAGACAAGCAAACCCACAGACAGGACUAAAGGCGAAAGUUGCCCGGAAGGAUUUUACUGCGAAGAAGGGGCCACCCACCCGAUCGCAUGCGCACCCGGCACAUACACCAGAACGACGGGACAACGCUCCUGUCAGCCCUGCCCAGAAGGGUUCUACUGCAAUGCUACUAGCACGGAUCCAGUGGAGUGCCCCGAGGGAAAGGUAUGUCCUGAAGGAAGUGCAGAGCCUGGCCUCUGCCCUCGAGGCUCUUUGCCUAAUAAAGACCCUGAUGUCACUGAUGCUUGCGUUCCAUGUCCACGGGGAAAAUAUUGCAGGGGAGCUGCCGAAGCUGGGGACUGCCUUGCAGGGUGCCAAGGAACCACAGCCCUGUCCAGGUGGAAGUGUCAGGCAGGCCAACCUAGGCAGGUUCUAUUGCCCUGCCCUCUCUCUUGUCCCGGAGCCUUGUCCAGCAGGCCAUUUUUGUCCUCUCGGCUCUUCAGAGCCGCGCCCGUGUAUAGGGGGCACCUACAAUCCAUACCAGGAAGGCAGCGGCACAGCUUCUUGCCUUAUAUGCGUACCAGGGUACCUUUGUCCCGGUGAAGGCACUGGAGAACUUACAAAAGAAAACCAGUGCCCUACGGGGCACUACUGCCUCGAGGGCAGCCAGCAAGCAAUCCCGUGUCCACCUGGAACGUAUGCAGACGAACGCGGACUAUCAAUCCACGCCACCAGUGCCCCUCCCCUGAAUGCUUGCGCGCUCAGCGGGGAACUAUUGGGACUUGGUGCCCUGCCGGGAGUGGCGAACCGCAACCGUGCCCAGCUGGAGCUCUGUGUCCGCGCCUUUGUAUGUACGUGCAUUGCUGCUGUCGUGAAGGGGACGUAUUCAAGCGAGCCUGGUAUGACAGAGUGUCUUCCGUGCACCCCAGGAUACGUUUGCUUGGAAGGAUGCAAUUCCCGCACGCCAACCAGCAGAUCGAGAGACAAAGGGUUUCGAUGCGCCCCGGGCACUUAUUGCCCUGAAGGGUCUAGCAGCGAGACACCGUGCCCUCCAGGGACUUACGGGCUUCAAGCAGCCGCAUCAAGUCAAGAGGCUUGCUAUUCAUGCCCGUCGGGGACAUACAACUCCUUGGAAGGUCAAACGGGCUGCAUACUCUGCGGGGCCACGGCAACGUCUAAUUCAAAAGCAACAUCCUGCUCUUGCAAGGGAACGAAUCGAGCUUUCCAACUGGCAGAUAGAUCGUGCGUUUGCGUCUCGGGAUUUCACUACACUCAGGGGAAGGAAGAUCUCAGCGACCAGGAUGGAGUGGAGCCCUGCCAACAAACCCUCUACGACGAAUGCACGUCAGAGACUGUGCGGGAUUCAACAGGCGCUUGCUCAACUUCGAAGGAGGUUUGCUCUAGCCAGUGCGGCCCUGCAGGUGGUUCUUUUAGCACUAUAUCGGGUCUUUGUUCCUGUGUCGGAGAAAAGUCCCUGGAUGAGAUAUGCGACGAAACGUGUAGAUCUACACGUCCCCAAAUGAUCAUCAAAGACUCUAAGUUGCUGAUUGACGAUCCUGAAACAACGUCGGGCGACAGAGCGUUUGCACUACAAGAUCUCACUACGCAGACGGGGCUUGCCACUGGUUCUUAUGAGUGCGAGGACAGAGCAGGCUGCACUGUCCGAAUGUUUGAUACAACGCUGGCCAAAAUGACAGGCCUUGUAGGCGUCCCGCAAAGUUUCGUUGAUGACAUUACUGAACGCCUACAGGAAUUCGGAAUCGCCCCAGAAUUACCCAGCGAGGAAGAGACAGAAGAUACAGACGGGACGGAGGUGGAUGGCACGGAUCCUACGCGUCGAUUGGCAGCAUCAUCCGAUUUCGGUUACUACGGAGUCUCCGACCCAGUCCAAUGCCUCCCACUGGGCUCGACAGUAGCUUGGCACAUCCGCCCGAGCCCGAAUCCCAUCUACCCGGUGUAUCUUCGAAACAAUUUGCUGAAUACAAACCAGCAAUUCGACUACGGAGCCUUUAGGGAACUAGACACCGACAUGAAGGGAGGGGAACAGAGAAUUCUCUUUAUGUUUACCUUCAAAGAGCCAGGGCUCUACGUUUUUGGCCUUAAUAGUGACCAAAACAAAAUUUUGGUCCUGCGGGUCAUGGAAUCUAAAAGGCUUUGCAGGGAAGACGCGCUGUUACCCCAACUGCGAACUGCUGAGACACUCGCCGCCAUUGCUGCGCGGCUUCCCGCUACCAUAGAGACAUCCGGUUGGCUAUUAUUUAUCGCCGUCGUUUUGGGAAUCAUCUGCAUGGCAGUGCUUCUGUUUCUGGCUGCCUGGACAAUCAAGCACCAGAGACUGGAAAAGCUUGAAGCAGACCCCAAGUCGAAAUACAACCAGCGGACCCUUCACGAGACACCCACGAAAGAGGCACUUAGGGAAGUGGAAGACCUCAUCAUUCAGAACCAAGCUCAGGCGCCCAUGGAGGAGGAUCCUGGAGUUUUAAGAGCAAGAAGGGCUUUGGCUAAAAAAUUGGAAACCCAAGACCCUCGACUAUUUAUAGCCGUUCUCAACUUAGCAAAGCGAAUUCAGCAGGAAGCCGAGCAACAGUGUGGCCAAAUACUGGACGAACGAAGCCAAGGUUUAUCUCAACUUCGUGAAUUGACAAAACAAUUGAAACAGGCCCUUUCACAGCAGCUACAGGACGCUGCCGCCUCAGAGGUACGUCUUGGGCAGACAGGGGGAGUUGUAUUCGGUGAAACACUAUCAAUAUGGGGAAAGGAGCACGAUGAAGAGCGUGAAGAGGUCCUAUCAACUCUGCUUAGCUUGCUCCGUCUCAGAAGACGAGAUCUUGUAAACAAGCUAGCAAGGGAAGAGAAAGAGCAUCAGAAAGAAGAAGCUCUAAGAGGAAGAGGCGAGCAGCUCCUGCUCCUACGCCAAGCAAGCGGAAUGUGGUCACGAAAAGAUUCCUUGGUUUCAAGUAUUAUUCUUCCAGCUGUUGGAGAAAAGGGGCACACGCAAAUUUCAUCAAUCAAGCUUUCUGUAGAAAAGCAAGUCGAAGAACUCCUGGAAGAAUUCAGAAAAGCUCGAGCUGACGCCGACGACGACAUGCCUUCAGUAAUAGAGAUUUACAAGGCCAAGAUGAAAAGUAUCCUGGAAGAAGCACAGGGGGAGACUAACCUUGCCUUCAAGAGCAUGCUCUCUGCAGAUAUUGAAGGCCACCUUAUAACGGGAAGUGAUCUGUUAGAGUUGCGAGAAGCCAAGGCCAACUUGACAAGGACCGAAGACGAAGCUGAGGAGAGGAAGGCUCUGGAAAUAUAUCGGGUGCUCGCAGAAGCUGCAUGGAAACUUAGUGUAUACACAGCUGUCAUUGAGCAAGAAAUAGCGUCUUCUACCCAGGCGGUAAACAAGGCUGCUUUCGAGGGAAAGCAAGCAGUGGAAAUAACGAAGAUGAAUUCAGGCGAAGCAGCCAAUGCACUGAAGGUUGCUGUGAUGGCAAGUCUAAAGGAGGGGCGCUCAAGAAUACAAGAAGCAGCUGAAGCAGCCGAGAAAGCCAUUUUUUCUGCAGAAGCCGAGGCAUUGUCACAGCUCGACUCUUGGACUGAAAAUUACCAGGCCGAACUGAGGGAUAUGUACGAUGCAAUAAUUGAUGCACAGAAUAGAACAAUUACUUCUGCGUUUGCUACCGAGUCACACCUCCUUAGACAAUCCAUGCAAACUAUGAAGAACCAAAUUUUGGAGCGAAUACGUACCCGGUACGACAAGAUCCACUCCGUUAAGUGCUCCGCCAUCUUGGAAGAGUUGCAGGUUACGCUAGAUGCAAGCAUUUCAGAAAGGAGCCUCAAAACCAGGCAGAAGUUCAUUGAUGACGCGGUAAAUGAGGCUUCAGACGAACUUAACCGCCUCCGGGACGCCGAGCUGGAGUCUGCAACUGCUGCUCUUAACCACAUCAUUGCUUUGAGAACAGAAUCAGUUACCAAGAGACAGUCUGCAUUCAAGUCGCGAAAGCUUUUGAUGCUCCAAAAACGACAAGAAGUGGCAGUUCAACAAGUUCCCACGCAAGCACAGUGUGCAGUAGCGCUGAUACGCAGAGGGCUGCACAUACUGACUCAGCAACUGAAGGCUGCUACGACUUACGAAGCGACUCUCUUCCAAAAUGUUGCCAAGUUUGGGGUGGAUAUGGCUGCUCUGAUAAUGGAGAACACAGAAGAUAUCAGCGCACCAGCGAGCCUUCUAGAAGACCUCAAAACUCAGCAAAGUGAAGCACUUGCCAAGUACAGGGAUCAGUUGUUCGCAUGCCUGCGAAAUCAGAGACAGGAGGCAACCGAAGAACUGUGGGACCUGGAGUUGCGAGAGCGGAAGCGGAUCGCCGAGCUCCUGGAGGAACAAACAGAACAACUAGAAGGAGCUAGUAAUAAACUAGAGGAGGCUACGGCAAAAGAGGAAACGGUGCGCGAUGAGUACGAGAAUACUGUACUAGAAUUAAGGCAACAGAACCAAAGGGGACUGAAGGAACUACAUUCCAUCCAAGCUCUCUCUGCAUUCAAGCAAAAGCUGCUCAGCAAAGUUAACAAUACAUUUCUGUCGCGCGCAAAUGAGGCAAGGAGAAAGGGCAUUGAUGACCCAGAGACAGAAGACAGGUUGCUGCAAGAGUGGAGGCUUGCAGCUGCUGAGCUGGAGCCUCUAAUUGUCCGCGAGAAAGAAACGUACUGUCGCUACGCUGACACGGCUUUCCAGGCUGAGAAAGAAAAUGCCCAAAGAGUUCUUCAGAAUUCAAGGCAUAACCGCCUAAGCCAGACAGGUCUCACAAAGUCUAUGGAGCAAGCUGAGGAGGAUGGAGACGACGACUUACUCCAUAAGCGCCGGGCAUUGGGAACAGACGAGGUGCAGCGGAUCAUUUGGCGCAUUUGCGCCCUUCUGUCGUCUGGUGGACUUGCGUCUACGGAUACAUCUAAGCUACACCUCGUUGUUCCCGAAAACAGGCGAGACGAAACAGUCGAGGAACUGCGCCAGCAGCUUCGUCGCCGUCGAAAGAGGCACCUGGACUAUUGUAUGGCACAGCGCAAUAUAAUUGAGGGCAGCUCUAAGUCUGCCUUAGCAGUCCUUCAAAGCGAAACUAUUCAGGGUCUCUCGGACACGUCAGAGGCGAUCGAAGAAUUCAGCAGGGGCUCUGCCACAGUGGAUGCGGCAAAAUCUUCCGAAGCAAUCCUGGAAAUCAUGAAGAAGGCCCAGCAAAAACUGGACCAAGCCCUUGAGGAAAUUCAGAAAGAGCAGGAAGAAGCAGAGGAACGCGAUAGAAUCGAACGGGAACAAGAAGUAGCUGAACGGAAAAGAGCUCACGAGCUGGCUAAGCAAAAGCUAAACGAAGAUCACGAAGCGAAACUUGCACAAGUUCCAGAAGACAGCAGGGAAGAGCUUCUCAAAGAACAUGAAGCUGCACUGAAGGAAAUGGAGUCUACAGUGGCAGCUGAACUGCUGGAGCAAGAACAACGGGCUCAGCAACGCCUACUGGAACGCCAGCAACGUCUGCAACAAAAACGGCGGGAAGCAGAAGAGCAGAAGCAGAGAGAAAUAGAACAAGCCAAGGCGGAACUUGAGGCAAAGAUUGCGGCUGAGGCGAAAGAAAAAGAAGAAGCAGCCGAAUUCGACGAACUGCAACGCUUAGUCAAUGAAGGCAGCAAUACUGCUGCGGUGGCAGAGCUGCUAGCGCGAAAGCACGAAAAGGAGUUAUCGGCAAUCCUGCAAGAGCUAUCUAUGAAAAAGGCAGAAGAGAUCAGUGCACUUACGGAAAACUUUUGGAAGGAGAAGGGCGGCAGAAUAUGCGAAGGCCGUCCGGACGAUGUACAAGAGCUCUACAAAGCCGAGUUGCAGGAAUACUUGUUCGUGCAAACACAAGCAGUGGACGACAGGAUAACCCUCGAGCUGCAGGAGCGACAGCAACAACAAGCGGCAGAAACGGAGGCUAUAAUGAAACAGAUGGAACGCAGGACUAAACUGGCCCGUGAACGUGAACAGCCACAAAUGUCCGAAGAAGAACAAUACGCUAAGCUCCAACAAGAAGCUGAAGCUGCCGCAGCGGAGGAAGUCGGAGCCAUAGAAAAACGCAUGAUGGAAGAGCAGGAAAAGCUGCUCAAGGAAAUGGAAGAAAAACGCAAUGCCUACGAUAAGAUGCUGGACAAGUUGAAGCACCGUAAGCAAGUUGACGAAAAACGACGAGCUUUACGGCAAGAACAGGAGCAACGCAUGCGAGAAGAAGGACAAGGGAACGGGCUAAAGCAUCUCAUGAGCCAGUUUGAGGAGCACAGAAAACUUCUGGAAGAAGCAUUGGCUGUUGAGGCCGAAAGACAACAUAAACAAGCCAGAGAGCGUGUCCUGCUGCGGAAUGCCGAAAGAUGUGACAGGUUGUACCAGAAACGACUCGUUGAGAAGCAGAGAUUCCUUGUGAAUCAGAACGAGAUAAAACGACGCGAGCUGGGGCUGAACAAUGCCCGGGCAGGGGUCAGGAGCCAGAGGAACUUGGUCGAGACUUUGAAUCAGCAAGAGCUGAAAAGAAGGAUGGAGCUCGCACAUCGGUUGGAGGAGGAGCGGCACUGGGCACCCAUAUGGCGAGAAAUCCUUGAGGAGGAGCAGAACGCUGGCACGUUUGACUCUUGGGACCUUGACGACGAACAGAUUAAUUUCGCCGGGCCGUUCGCAACAAACUUACUGCACACCGAGAGGAUGCUGCAGAGUGAAGGGACCUAUAUGCGCAAGCUCAUUGGGGGCUUCCAGCAACUCAGCGAUUUAAUUUCCUUGAUAAAUACGGCGAGCCAGGAAGAGGCUUCAGGUGCUUUAAAACAGUCUCACAAACAGCUCUCGAGCAGCACGUCUUCGCAUGAAGACGACAGCUCAGAAAGCACUGACAGCGCGACAUCUGAGAGGAGCAGCAGCGAUGAGAGCUCGGAUUCUGAAAGCGAAGAAUCUGAACCACAAGUGUCUUCUGACACCAGUUCAGAAGAAGAGGAUGAGAAAGUCUCAUCAUCUAGCAGCGAAGAAUCUUCAGACAGCAGUAGCGGCUCCAGCAGCUCGGGCAGCAGCGAUGACACGAGCAGCAACAACUCGAGUACGUCAGAGUCCGACGAUGAUAGUGACUGA